AUGGAAACACCUUGCACAGAGGGCACAGACAAACGUCAUCGACUCAUCGCGAGUCCGGUGAAUAUAUCUCCGCUUCCCGGAGUUUUAUAUGCCCCAGGUAUGGAGACCCAAGAUGACAGCCUUGAUUUGGUCUAUCUGAAACGGGCUGCCUUGGGACUGGUUGAUGAAACUUCUAAACUGGACGUGUCUAAACAUUUACAUUUACGAGACUUCCGCCAAUUUAAUGCUGAGCAAGGCAAUGCUACUGCAUCCUUGAGUCUCACCACGAAUCGACCAUUGCAAUCAGAUGUGGCAAACAGCACUCUUCCCGAGUCACCAACUAGGAAAAUGGCGUCAACAACAUGUGGCCUACCAAGCGACACUCAGCCCAUCUCCGAAUCUGUCCUUGAAACCUUCUUGAACCAGGCGAGGUCAAACCAGGGGCGUCCUAAAGCCCACGAGCGCGAGGAUGAUGAUCUAAUGACAAAGGAUGAAACACUACACGAGGGUGAUACAGGUCAUCUGGAUUUACUGGCUGAUUUUGCGGAAAGUCCUAUUGCCAACACUGAGUCUGUUGAUGAGGAUGAACAACACGAAGAUAUUGACAUGGCUGACGGAGUGUCGUCUCCAACACAAUACCAGCAUUUUCCGGAGUCUCAACGUUUUAUUCGCAGAACUCCUACUGCACGCAAUCGUCAAAGCCCACCGCUGGAGGCAUCCACUAUGUCGAUGCUCUCCCGUAACCCCUUUAGCAGCUCUCAUCACAGCGGCAGUACUGUUAUGGCGUUGUCUCAAGUCUUCAAUGCAACUCAAAAUUCAUCGUCGCCCUUUACCAAUGGACCACAGCAAGACUUUUCUUCCGACAUGCCAUCGCCAAACCUCCCUGUCGAACCUGGAUGGGCAGGCACGACGACCAUGGUAUUUUCACCUUUCCUUUCCUCCUCUGCCGUUCAUCCAAAGUAUCUAGAGCCUCUAACCCACUAUGUUUCGAUGAAGGAAUCACAGGCUGAACGAGAGAAGCUAGCACGACUACGAUCAAUCGAAGAAAAUGGUUCUAGUGAUGAUGAGUUUGAAAAGGAGGGCAGCUUCGUUCGGAGACAUGUACGGGGAAAAUAUACUGAAGAGUCAGUGAGACGACAUUUUGCGAACGUAACCGCCCCUUUCCGACCAAAUCCGAAAGCCCGUGGGAGAAGAAGUGCUACACUCCACACCUCACCGGGUCAAACAGCAUCGCGAAAUGGCCAUCGGCGUGCUGCUCUUUCAACGGGAUCAGAUAUUGAUGUUAUUGAAAAUAAUACUGCUGGAGCAAGUGAAGAGGAGACGGAGCAGGAAGACGAGCACGAGAGCUCUCAGAAUCGACGAAUUCCACAAUCCCAGCUUUCCAGUGAAGAUGAUAAAGAGAAUAUUGACAGUGGACCAAUUCAUAUCGCGGACACCACCGCUUCUGCUCAUGAUGCCCUUUCCCAAGUCCUUGAAUUGGAUACCCCUGCAGGUCGCCGAAACCUCAUUAGAGAGCUUCCAGAUCCUACUAAUUUGAGCCAGGAAUCAGUGAAGCCACCCCCGGGCUCACCGGAUGAAAACGAAAAUAAGACGCCUAGUAAAUCUCAAAUCUUAAAGAGUGUGAAUUCCCAACCGUUAAGUCGGGAAAUUCUAAAGAGGCGCAGGGUUAGGCCAAGGAUGGCAAAUACCGAUAUAGGACAAUCGUCUGAUAGGGAAUAUAUACCAUCGUCUCCUAUAUCCGUUCUUUGCAGCCAAGGAACUAUUUCUUUGGAAACGCACAGCUUGAGACUCCCCGCAAAAGGGCCCAGAGGCAGACCGAGGAAAUCAAGCGAGCAAAUUGGACAAUCACCUCCUGUGGAAUGUAUACCAUACUCACUUAUAUCUAGUCAAGAAAUUAAUAUCACUUUCCCUGAGCAAAUUACCCGUGUCGACCACGAUGUAGCUGAGUCGACUCAUGGAGAUCAACCUAUCGCAGAUGCCGAGAAUCAUCUUGAAACAAUUGCCCCGGAGGCCAACCAAGGAGAUAGCUCUGAUGAACAAGUUGCUGCCGAGGCAGAGGACCAAAAAAUCCGGACAGAACAUCCCGAGGCCAACGAUAAGCUGUUAGAAAAUGACCCAUCAUCUGGGAAAGCGGACACUGCUGUGAAACCUUCGUCUCUACCCUCUCGCGUUUUUGAAACACCUAAUAUGCAGAAUAAGAAGCCACCAAAUGAAGAUAACCAGACAGCACCGGAAACUUCGCCAUCAUAUAAUCGAAAUUCUUCCAGAAGCUUACCGAAACCCAUCCUUCGUUUUAACCAAAGUUAUUCAGCUUCUCUGACUGUUGAUGACGACCAAUUGCCUGUGGUUCCUCAAUUUUCUCGCGCUGAACUGGGUGGACGUCUUCAAUUUCCUGGAACGUUCACCCCAGGUGUCACAGACCGCACCAUUUCAGCAAUUCUCUCCAGCCCAAGCGGCCGCCAACGUCGGAGUAUGACGGAGAUUGCAGCAGACCACUCACCAUGUCAAUCUCUGCCUGACCUUUUACCAGAUUUUGGACUCAUUACUGCAGAAGACAGAGAAUUUCAAUUAAUAACUCGGGACGGGAUUCCUCGGACACGGAAAAGGAGUCGAGGGAAUGAUGGGAAGGCGAUCAAUCUAUCGACCCCUCUACAAAUGGAUCGAACCCCUACCCCUGAAGGCACUGUAUCAGUUUCACAUUCGGCGAUACAGGUUAGUAAACACACAAACGAAGUUCCUGAGCGAGCUACACCAGUACCAGUACCAGUAUCAGGCCUACAGAAUGGCAUUGUUGCUAUUCAAAAGAAUCGUAAAGCUCCCUCUAAGAAGAGUGCAAAUGUAUGGGAAGUUGAGUGUUCACCGAUCAAACCAGUGAAGCAGGUGGGCAGAGGUCGUAAACGGCGGCUCAGUCAACCACUAGAGCUACCUGUUGCUCGGCCACGUCUCUCUGACCAACUUAGACAUAGCAUUGUUGGGCCGAUUGAGGGUAACAAGUCAAACAGCACCCCGUCAACCCCAACAGAGGCGAUCAGUAGUUCAGAUAGCCCGGACCCAAUCCAAGGACAAAAAACCCCUAAGCAAUCAAAACUGGAGGUUAUUUUGCCAUCACGGAAUGCCCCGUAUUUAGCAAAUAGAGUCUUUGCCUUUUUCAAUGGCCGACCACAGGCUUACUUCCCUGCCACAUGUCUUGGGAUUUCAAACUCUGUUGGUCCACUUCGAUACCUUAUUAGGUUCGAGGACUCGGCCAAACCUGAUGAGGUGAAUGCAGACGCAGUUAAGAGAUUGGAGCUGAGAAUCAACGAUAUAGUCAAAGUGGACUUGAUGCGGGUGCCAAAGAUUCCACACAUUGUAGUGGGAUUCCGGAAGCCGGAUGAAACUGAUUCCAUUCUUAAGAUGGAAAAGGAGCGGAAUUCUUCGAAGAUGACUGAUAUCUACGGGCACAGCUUUGUCAUUCUUAGACCGAGAGGUUCACGUAACUCUUCCCGCAGAGGGUCUGAUAUCACCGUGCCAAUCUCGAAUAUCUAUUUUGACAAAGUUCUCUGGUCUCGGUUGGAAAACCGGGAAUUUUCAUACUCAGAAUUUCCCCUUCCUAUUAGAACAUCUACAUCUGGAUUGCAAAAGCUAAAGGACCACCAUCACAGCUCUGCGUUAUCUGCUUCACGGACUCCUCUCCGUUUUCCAACUGUCUCUGGCUUAUUUUCUGGAAUGGCAUUUGCAGUUUCUUUUAAGGAUAAAGAUGAAAGGAGAAUCGGCAUUGAGCAGGUCAUCAUUGAAAACGGUGGACGGAUUCUGAAAGACGGUUUCACAGAGUUAUUCAAUCAACCUCUAUCUAACUCUUCAUUUGCACAUGACGAAAGCAUAUCCACUAUACAGACCACAGAAGACAACAAUGACGGGAUACUAUCUUUACGCCCUAGGGCUGAAACCACCGGCUUUGUCUGCCUCCUAACAGAUGAACAUAGCCGCCGCGUGAAGUAUAUGCAAGCCCUUGCCCUCAAUCUCCCCUGUCUAGCAGGCCGCUGGAUCCACGAUUGCAUCGCCAAAGGCCGCAUUGUGGACUGGGAGCCCUAUCUCCUCCCAGCAGGCAAAUCCACGUUUCUCAACAACGUAACUCGAUCUCGAACUCUGGCCUCAAACCCGGCCCAGACCGCACGACUACCAGAUACCAUUGCUUCCCGCCCCAAACUUUUAGCUGGCCAAUCCGUCCUCAUGGUCAUGGACCGGGGCAAAACAGCCGAACAGCGAAAGCCCUACAGUUUCCUCACCUGCGCCCUUGGCCCCAGCAGAAUCGCCUGUGUUCAGGACAUCAAUGCCGCGAUUAAGCUGCUGGCAUCUCCUGAGCGUAGGACACGAUACUCAAGCGCAGAGUCAGAUACAGGCUGGGAUUGGAUAUAUGUCGGUGACGAGAGGGCAGCUGCAGCUGCUCGUGCGCAACUUAUCAGGGAAUCGCAGUCGGACUCGCCGGCACAGACUCCUGCUGUUCGCUCUCGUGGUCGACCCCCCAAGAAGCGGCGACGUGGCGGUCGACCUGUUGCAGGGGCAGCAUUCGCCGCUGCCCAUGCUCCGGCAGGCGCGGCUGAAGGCGGGGCCACAAUUGGGGAAAGUGAGGUUAUUAUUAACGGGAGAAGCAUCAAAAUAUUGGAUAACGAAUUUAUCUGCCAAAGUCUUAUUUUGGGGAAAUUGUUGGAGCCAUGA